GAUGUGUGUGUGUACGAUUUAAAAAAGGUGCGAUCUCAUAUAACAUUCAUACGUGUAAGAAUUUCCGUGCGCGAUUACGAACCUGUGACAAUUUUAUAUGGGGUUUGUUUAAAUUCUACAUUUUCCCGCUCAAAUUAAAAAAAAAAUGCAAAGGCGUUAACUGUGCGUACAAUGCGUGAUGGUGUUUUGAGAUGAUGUUUAAUGAUUAAAGUGUUUAUUUAAAUAGUGCAGUAUUAUUUUUAAAUUAUGGUGUUACCGCAGUCGGCUUGUCAUUUAGCAUCAUUUUUUAUUGGUAUAGCGGAGAUAUGCUACAUGGCCGCUCCUGUAGGAGAUUGCGACAACUGUUGUGCCCGAGACGAUGCCAUUGAUAUACAGUACAAAUUAUUUACUAGGUUAAAUCCAACAGUAUAUCAAAUAAUACCCCUGGGCGAUCAGAAUGCGUUGCGGGCGACCAACUUCAACGCGACCAACCCCACAGUGAUAUACUUGAUGGGCUUCUCUGAGGCUACCACUGGGGUCAGUACAAAGACGCUAAGAGAUGCACACUUAUCAUCAGGUGAAUAUAAUUUCAUCUCGGUAGAUUGGUCACGUCUCAUCGUCUUUCCGUGGUACAUCUCUGCAGUAAGGAACACGCGAUAUAUGGGCAAGAGGCUGGCAGACUUCGUACAAUUUCUAGAAGCUGCUGGUAUCCCGGCAUCGUCUCUCCAUGUUAUAGGCUUUUCGUUAGGAGCUGAAGCUGCCGGCUUUGCUGGCAAAGAGUUGAAGAUACGAGGGUUAAGACUAGGAAGGAUAACAGGUCUAGACCCAGCUUAUCCAGGGUACAGUCUCACUAACAGCGACGCGCACCUCGCGCGAGGUGACGCGAUAUUCGUCGACGUGGUCCACACCAACCCCGGGAUAUUCGGCUUCCCCCUACCAAUAGGGGACGUGGACUUCUACCCUAAUGCUGGGAAAUGGAUCCAACCUGGCUGUUGGGUUGACGAGCUGCUUAAGAAUAGGGAAUUUAGAUUUAUUUACGGAUGCAGCCAUGUUCGAGCAUGGCGCUUGUACGCAGAGUCUCUGUCGAAUCCCCUGGGUUUCCCAGCCACUCUUUGCAGAGACUGGAAAUCCGCCACCGCGCGAUGCAGGUUUCAGAUCAACGGAUACAUGGGAGUCAGAGCUGGUUACCCGAUGUCCGGAAAAAUGUACUUGGAGACUAACGAAAGUCCUCCGUUUGCCAAAAAUGGACCAUAGGUAUUAAUUUUACAAUGUUAGAAAAUUGUUGUAGGAUUGUUGUGAUAAUAAUGUUACCGAUUUCAGAAUAAAACGAGUCAGAUAUAAUAAACAUUUUA